CACAGUCUAUGUCUCUGUCUAUACACAAACAACAACAAAACAAAGAGGAUCUGAUAUCACCACCUUGUACACUUUUUCUUUUGUAGUGAAGAGCUUUAUAGAGAUGAAAGGGACAAAGAAGCCUAUCUACGCGGUGGCAACAUGGGUGCGAAGGCAACCGCCAAAAAUGAAGGCCUUUUUAGCGGCGGUUUCAGGCAUCGCUGCUAUUGUUUUUCUUAGGACAAUUGUUCAUGAUCAUGACAGUCUUUUUGUUGCUGCUGAGGCUGUUCAUUCUAUCGGCAUUUCUGUCUUAAUCUAUAAGCUCAUGAAAGAAAAAACUUGUGCCGGAUUAUCGCUGAAAUCACAGGAGCUCACAGCUAUAUUUUUAGCUGUUAGACUGUAUUGCAGCUUUGUCAUGGAAUACGACAUACACACACUACUUGAUUCGGCCACUCUGCUGACAACGUUAUGGGUGAUUUACAUGAUUCUCUUCAACUUGCGAUCUAGUUACAUGGAUGACAAAGACAACUUUGCAAUUUAUUAUGUGCUAAUACCUUGUGGCGUGCUGUCUUUGGUUGUUCAUCCAACAACACAACAUCACAUAUUUAACAGGAUUUGCUGGGCUUUCUGUGUUUAUCUUGAAGCUGUUUCAGUGUUACCUCAACUUCGCGUCAUGCAAAACACAAAGAUUGUGGAACCUUUCACGGCCCAUUACGUAUUUGCACUUGGAGUCGCAAGGUUCUUGAGCUGUGCGCAUUGGGUGCUUCAGGUACUAGAUACUCAGGGACGCCUGCUUACAGCAUUAGGCUAUGGAUUGUGGCCUCCAAUGGUGCUCCUUUCAGAAAUUGUACAAACUUUCAUUCUUGCUGAUUUUUGCUACUACUAUGUCAAAAGUCUCGUCGGUGGACAGCUUGUCCUACGUCUCCCAUCCGGAGUGGUGUAAACAAUUUAAUGUGUAGAACAAGCAAAGUCAUCCACAGAUUCGGCCAAGCAUAGACACUAGUCAGUACAUGCUCGUUUGGCUUUUGCAGCCAAUUAGAGUUCGUUGUAAUAUCCGGAAAGCGAUUCUGCGGAUGCAUUUUGAUUUUGGUAUUAUUAUAAGUUAAUAAUUCAAGAGAAUUAAUUUACCUUAAUUAGAGUAAUAAUCUAGGGCAUUUCUAGGAUUCUGCUUAUAUUAGAUGGAUUCGGAUUGUUUUUCCAAAUCACAAGAUUUGCUUCUCCAACAA